AGCGCGCAUGCGACGGCAGCUCACCGCAGCAAAGCAAGUCUCGAUCUCGACGCGCACACACAGUCCAGUGGUGACGGCAAAGUGGCUUCAGGAAAAGUUCGCUCGACAAACGCAGUGAAAAACGCAAGGCUUGUGUUUGUGUGUGCGCGCAUGUGUGUGUGAUUGUCUUGUUUUUCCGUGCGUGCGUGCUGUGCUGUGCUGUGUUGUGUUUACGCGUGUCGAACAGCAAAAGGAAAAGCUGUGCCAAAAAAACACAGUCGCUUGCGCACGCCCUGGAGGAGGAACCGUCGAAGCGCAAGGGCGAACGACUAGCAAGUGAGUGUGAGAGUAAGAGAGAGAGAGAGCGAGAGAAAGACCGAGAGCGUGCGGGAGGGAGACGGAAAGACAGAGAAAACUUCCUCCUCUCUACACUCUACACAGCCAUUAUUCAUCGCUGCUCACGCAUCCAAAACGGUGUUUGAUAAGGGUGGUGCGCUGGAAGUGCGCUCAUCUACCCCAGAGAAUCCCGUACACCUACACACACGCAGCACUGUGUCCCGCCCGUGGUGUGCCCGUUGGAAGUGUGUAAGUCAUCGGGGACGGCGCGCUGUAGCGUUAUCAUUGUCCGUCGUUGCAAGCGGAAGAGCAGAGAGGAGCGAGCGGGUUGCGGUCCCAUUAGCGAAAAAAAAAGGUGGACAAUCGUCGCCGUCGGCAAGUAGCAGCGGAAAUCAGCACCACAGCAAGCGCACACGGACACAGAAACACGGUGUGAGUGUGCGCGCGCUCGGUGUCGUCAUCGGUCCGUCCGGUCCGUCCGUCCCGACACAGUCGGUCAGCCGAAAGGGAGAGAAAAAAGAGUGUGUGGCCCGGCCGCACACGGAGACAGCACUCACACACAUCUCAGCAGAGUGUGACGACACCAGAGGAAGAGGUGUGGAACCGUAGUAGUGUGAAUACACCGUCACCACCUACCAGCACCAUCUGAUCGACAGGCGACAGCAUGAACGAAAUCGAAGCGCUGCGCCAGGAGGCGGAAACGCUCAAAAAUGCGAUCCGGGACGCGCGGAAGGCGGUGUGCGACACGUCCAUCCUGCAGGCGACGGCACAGCUGGAAGCCGUCGGUCGCAUCCAGCUCCGGACGCGCCGCACACUCCGGGGCCAUCUGGCGAAGAUCUACGCGAUGCACUGGGGCAACGAUUCGCGCUACCUGGUGUCGGCCUCGCAGGACGGCAAGCUGAUCGUGUGGGACUCGCACACGACCAACAAGGUGCACGCGAUCCCGCUGCGCUCCUCCUGGGUGAUGACGUGCGCGUACGCCCCGUCCGGCAACUAUGUGGCGUGCGGCGGGCUGGACAACAUCUGCUCGAUCUACAACUUGAAAACGCGCGAGGGCAACGUGCGCAUAGCGCGCGAGCUCGGCGGACAUACGGGCUACCUGUCCUGCUGCCGGUUCCUCGAUGACAACCAGAUCGUGACGAGCUCGGGCGACAUGUCCUGUGCGCUGUGGGACAUCGAGACGGGCCAGCAGACGACAUCAUUCCAGGGGCACACCGGGGACGUGAUGGCGCUGUCGCUGGCCCCGCAGGGCAAAACGUUCGUGUCGGGCGCGUGCGACGCGAAGGCGAAGCUGUGGGACAUCCGCGAGGGCCAGUGCAAGCAGACAUUCCCGGGCCACGAGAGCGAUAUCAAUGCGGUGGCGUUCUUCCCGAACGGGUUCGCGUUUGCGACGGGCUCGGACGAUGCCACCUGCAGGCUGUUCGACAUCCGGGCCGACCAGGAGCUGGCCAUGUACUCGCACGACAACAUCAUCUGCGGCAUCACGUCCGUGGCGUUCUCGAAGUCGGGCCGGCUGCUGCUGGCGGGCUACGAUGACUUCAACUGCAACGUGUGGGACACGAUGAAGGCGGAACGGGCGGGCAUACUGGCCGGGCACGACAACCGCGUGUCCUGCUUAGGCGUCACGGAGAACGGAAUGGCGGUGGCGACAGGGUCCUGGGACUCGUUCCUGCGCGUGUGGAACACGAUGAACGAGCUGGAGGCGCUGCGGCAGGAGGCGGAAACGCUGAAGAAUGCGAUCCGGGACGCGCGGAAGGCGGCCUGCGACACGUCGCUCGUCCAGGCGACGAACAAUCUCGAACCGAUCGGCCGGAUACAGAUGCGCACCCGGCGCACGCUCCGGGGCCAUCUGGCGAAGAUCUACGCGAUGCACUGGGGGAGCGACUCGCGCAACCUGGUGUCGGCCUCGCAGGACGGCAAGCUGAUCGUGUGGGACUCGCACACGACCAACAAGGUGCACGCGAUCCCGCUGCGCUCCUCCUGGGUGAUGACGUGCGCGUACGCCCCGUCCGGCAACUUUGUCGCGUGCGGCGGCCUGGACAACAUCUGCUCCAUCUACAAUCUGAAGACGCGCGAGGGCAACGUGCGCGUGUCGCGGGAGCUGCCCGGCCACACGGGCUACCUGUCCUGCUGCCGGUUCCUGGACGACAACCAGAUCGUGACGAGCUCGGGCGACAUGUCGUGCGGGCUGUGGGACAUCGAGACGGGCCAACAGUGCACCUCGUUCCUGGGGCACACCGGCGACGUGAUGGCGCUGUCGCUGUCGCCCCAGUGCCGGGUGUUUGUCUCCGGGGCGUGCGAUGCCUCCGCGAAGCUGUGGGACAUCCGCGAGGGCCAGUGCAAGCAGACGUUCCCGGGGCACGAGAGCGACAUCAAUGCGGUCACCUUCUUCCCGAAUGGGCACGCGUUUGCGACGGGCUCGGACGAUGCCACCUGCAGGCUGUUCGACAUUCGGGCCGACCAGGAGCUGGCCAUGUACUCGCACGACAACAUCAUCUGCGGCAUCACAUCCGUGGCGUUCUCGAAGUCGGGCCGGCUGCUGCUGGCGGGCUACGAUGACUUCAACUGCAACGUGUGGGACACGAUGAAGGCGGAACGGGCGGGCAUACUGGCCGGGCACGACAACCGCGUGUCCUGCUUAGGUGUCACGGAGAAUGGCAUGGCAGUGGCGACAGGGUCCUGGGACUCGUUCCUGCGCGUGUGGAACUAAGCGUCAAACCUGUUGCGCUGUCUCCACGGAGGUACGGUAAGAUCGGGCCAGGACAAUGUCGGACAGCAGAAACGCGUACAGCCAUUCAGAAAUGAGUACCGUUUAGUGGUAGUCGUAGUGCGAUUGAGUGUACGAAGUAGCUGGAGUACGAGGAAAGUAUCCGCGCUCGUCUCCCCGCAUUUUCCUUUGCAAAAACAGAAGAACUAAUUGCAAAAACAGGUCAGGUUAUUGUUUUCUCUCCACUAGCUGGAUGGUUUAUUGUGCAAGCCGAUUUAAAACGAAACAAACAAAACGAAAAACAACAAACCUAGUGCAUAGAGAACGUUCUAACCAUUCUGCCGAUGAUUGGUUUUUCUUUUCCUAUUUGUUUUUUGACCAAUAUAUUUAGCAAUUUCGAACGAAUCAACUAACAAAAACAGAACAGAAAAAAGGCAUAGAUGCUUCACAUGUUUGUCUCAGCGUGUUGUACUGCAACACUCUUGCCUCUGCAGCAUCGUAGUAGGCACACAAGUACACGGUGUAUGACAGUAGGACAGUGCUUCCAAUGGCAACAGGCUGGCCCGCUACUGCUACGUAGUGUGACAGCCGCUGCCGGUGUAACGCCCGUUUCAAAGCGGACAGUGCUUUGAGAAAAAGUAUGUUUAGGUUACAGUUUCGUUUUGUAUAUUUUUGGGUUCUGUAACGGUAGUUCUAGCAACAAACUAGUUGGUCGAUGUUUCAAGCUUGUUUGUCGCCAUUUAUUAUUAUUUUUUACAAAAUCCAAAACUUCUUUUUUUCUAAAUUUCUCACACAAACGGCAUAAGGCAUGAGAAUUGGCAUUAAUAAAAAAAAACAUUGAAAAAAAGCUUCAUAAUUUCCGAAUUGGGGAUUAAAGAAUUACAUUUCCAAAAUUUAUAAAAAAAAACAAAACACACACAAAUUGGAACCAUUGUAAUUAAUUUUCAAACGAUUUCCCCAAGUAGCACCAGUGGCACGGUGUGAGCAAUUAGUUCAGUGGGACGUCCCUCUGAUAGCGAAAGCGAAGUCUAGACCAACUACAAUCUCCUCUUUUUAACAGACGAUUUUUCUACGAGCCUCCGACCUGACCCCGGAGGCACAACCCGGUUUCUAUGCAAACUUUUUAAACUCAAAAACCAAUUUUAUACAACCAACAAAACACGACCAAAACAAAGGGCAAACUUAAGCAAACACUGAAACCCCACACCACCCACCCUGUGAACAAUCAAGCGACCAAAAGCAGAUACUAAUCACGUACACAACCAUCACCGGAGUAUCAUCCCUAAGUACACGGACACAUACAUAAGACAGUGGCUUGCAUGAAAUCAUACAGAAAAAAUAGAGCAAACGAUAACGUUAUGAGAGGGAGAGAGAAAUACAAAUACACACACACACGCACACGGAGUUGAAAUGGAAGGCCGUUUUGGGGGCGCCCAUAAAUUGGAUCGACUCCGUUGUGUGUGUGUGUGUGUGAGGACCGUGAUUUUUUUUCAUUUUCAAAUAUCUCCUCGCAAGAAACCAUUCUUUUCAUAAAAAAUACGCUCAAUUUCCGCCCAACAAACCCUAACUGUCCCUUUUCCCUGUUGCAAGAGAUGAAAGAAUCAUCCCUGGUGGCUCUAGUGGUCAUCCUUUCGUCUCACGAGUCCCAGCGUUACGUUACUUUUCCGUGACGCACCUGUAACUGCUUUCAGUAACGCUUCCCGUAACGCUACGGACUGUUAUGCUUAGUGCUGUGGUAUCGCUCCCUCGCACCAUUAGUCUGCUGCUGGCAGGCAUUUGUUGUUGCUUCAAUCGAUGGUGUGUGUGUGUGUGUGUGCGCACGAAUGGGUGAGAAGAGGUGAGAAGGAAUCGUUCCCAUUCCUAGCAAAACGCCUGUCUCGCGCCCGUUCGCAUCACCAACCUACCCAAGCUCCCUCUCCCGGUCGCGCAUUUUAACGCACAUGCGUACGAGAACGCAGUGUGAAAUGGACCGUCGGUGUUUUUUGUACGUGCACGUCUUCAAGUCGUUUUUGUUGUUGUUGUUGCGUGCGUGCGUUCGCAUGAUGGCCCUUCCCCGUGUGGAAAGGUGUGCAGAGAACUUAAUUUUCGCUUCCCAAACAUUGCUGGUGUGUGGUCCAAGUGUGGUUCAAGUGUGCUGUUGGUUUGGCACGCACCAUUUUUCUAUCCGCUUGGUAUACAUGGACAUCAGUAUCUCUGCCCCUCAGCCAGAAGGGGACUUAGUUUGGUACCACUGAGUUCCUGGACUCAAUUCUGGCUGAUAGCGUUAUUUUGGUAACGUACCUGGUGUGCGAGGGCUAACGAUACUGCCUUAUUCCAGAAUGUGUUACGUUUUUGGUAACGUUUGCUCUCACCUUAGUAUACAAUUAUGCAAACACCUUCCGAUUUGGUGACCGUGGUUGUACUACCUCAACUGAAGGCGUUUGACUGGACGACAUUUUAGUUUACUUACACACUAACACACACAGCCACAUAAGGAAUAGCAUUAUUUGGAUGCGUUAGCUCUUUUGCGUUACAAUUAUGUGUCACCUAUGUUUACUGCAUUCACACAUAUAAAGAAACACACACAGACAUCCAUUUCUAGUUGUACAACAACCUAAUAUACAGAAAGCACAGUAGGUGUAAAAGAGCUGGUGAAAGAGCUGGGCGCGGCUGUCUCGCCAGGCAAACAAGGUGGGGAAUAAGGGUAUAAAAGCCUGCCUUCCACCACUCCAAUGCUUUCUUGCUGUCACUGCGAUGAAGGAAUGCACCCGUUGCAUCCCGAUCGGAAGGGCUAUUAUCUCAAUCGUGCAAGUGGCCAACUCCAUCCGCCAUUCUCACUGCGAGAGGCUCACUGGGAGAAUGGUGGAACAGUUAGGAUAUUCACACACCUUCGAUUGGGAUAAAUUUCGAUUGGCGUAAGUGUGCACCUUCGGGUGGACAUUGUUGGUUAUCGUUCUGGUCAGCAGCAAUGGUAAUUGCGGUAACCGAAGCUGAAUGCUGAUGCUGCCGCCACAUCAAUAGACCAUACUCAGAGCAAGCAAACAAGCAAACAAACAAAAACCACACUGUAGGCUCCAGUGGGGGUUGGUUUUGUUUAUUUUGAGUGGACGAACGAUCAAACCGAUGAUGAAGCGGUGGUAGUAGACAUGGAUAGGGUAAGGUACCGAUCCACCCAUUCUGCCGAUUCCAGCCUGCCCACAAAUACAAGGCCUGUUUGUGGGAGGGUCUAGUGUUGGGUAGAAGAAGCCGCAGCGAGACAGCGAAGAGGAGAAGAAGCAGGACCAGCAGUAGCGAUAUAUAUGUUGUAUUAUGUGUACCGAUUACCGAUGUAUGGAUAUGCGUGUUUUUUAUGUUGUUUAUUUCGUACUAUAUACUAAGACGCACAACUAUGCAGGGAGGUAGAAAUAUGGAAAGAAUGAGAGCGAGAGAACGAAGAGAGGGAAAAACUAAACGUGGAAAAUUAGCGGAACCAAUAGCGUAACAUGCAUAAAAUCUCAAACCUCCCAAAGCAAUCAUAACGAAGAAGAAGAAGAAGAAGA